CGAUUCUUCGACUCACAGAAGACAUAAAGACCAUCGUCAUCUUUCCUGCCCUAUUUAUAACUUGAGGUACCAAAGGAUGGAAUCUGCAAGUAAAAUCAAGAGACACUCAAUUGUGAACCAUCUUAAAGGACCUCUCAGCAGCCCAGCAUCUGCUGCCUGUUUUAAAACUGUUUGCCAGAGAAGGGAAGCUACUGACUUCAAAAGGAAGAAAUGAAUUCUACGGAAAUCCCCAUCCAGACAGAGAUGAUAGACAUGGUUCCAAAUGGAAAACAUUCAGUAUUAAAUACCUCUUCCAUGGGAAAUGACAGAUUUGAUGAGAACCAGGCGAAUGUAACGGAGAUGGAGGAGUUUCUUCCGCAUGGUGCUGAAAAGAAACAGACCCAUUUCACAGAUUUUGAAGGGAAGACUUCUUUUGGGAUGUCUGUUUUCAAUCUCAGCAAUGCCAUCAUGGGCAGUGGGAUCCUUGGGCUGGCAUAUGCUAUGGCCAACACUGGCAUCCUCCUCUUUCUAUUCCUUUUGACUACUGUAGCUCUCUUGUCCAGCUAUUCUAUACAUUUGCUGCUUAAAUCCUCAGGGAUUGUUGGAAUCCGAGCUUAUGAGCAACUGGGUUACAGAGCCUUUGGGACACCAGGGAAAUUGGCAGCUGCCAUUGCUAUAACACUACAAAACAUUGGAGCAAUGUCAAGCUACUUAUACAUUGUGAAGUCUGAACUGCCUCUAGUCAUCCAGACCUUCCUUGCCCUGGAAGAGAAAACAACGGACUGGUAUCUGAAUGGAAAUUACCUGGUAAUCCUGGUCAGUAUCACCAUUAUCCUUCCUCUGGCCCUCAUGAAACAACUUGGUUAUCUUGGUUAUGCCAGUGGGUUUUCUCUCAGCUGCAUGGUCUUCUUCCUUAUCUCGGUCAUUUACAAAAAGUUCCAGAUUCCUUGUCCACUUCUUGACCAGAUCAACAGCACAGGGAACCUGAACUACACCUUGGUUAGCACAAGCAGCUAUCAAAAUGAACACACUACUGUACAGGCCACAGAGGAAGACAUUUGCUCUCCAAGUUUGUUCACGCUCAAGUCUCAGACAGCCUACACCAUCCCUAUCAUGGCUUUUGCUUUUGUGUGUCAUCCUGAAGUCCUUCCUAUCUACACUGAGUUGAAAAACCCAACCAAGAAGAAGAUGCAGUGUAUCUCCAACAUUUCUAUCACAGUCAUGUAUGUUAUGUACUUCCUGGCUGCCCUAUUUGGUUAUCUCACAUUUUAUGGGCAGGUAGAAUCAGAGCUGCUUCACACCUACAGCAGAGUAGACUCACUUGAUGUGCUGAUCUUGUGUGUGCGAGUAGCUGUGUUGAUUGCGGUGACACUAACAGUGCCCAUUGUUCUCUUCCCGGUGCGCCGUGCAAUCCAGCAGAUGCUUUUUCCAGACAAGGAUUUCAGCUGGAUUCGACAUAUUAUCAUUGCUUUUCUGCUACUGACAUCUAUUAAUUUGCUUGUUAUUUUUGCUCCCUCCAUCCUGGGAAUCUUUGGCUUAAUUGGUGCCACCUCAGCUCCUUGCCUGAUAUUCAUCUUCCCAGCAAUAUUCUACAUCCGGAUCAUGCCCAAGGACAAGGAACCUAUGAAAUCCCUUCCCAAGAUCCUGGCAGCCCUCUUUGCGUGCCUCGGGGUGCUCUUCAUGAUCAUGAGCCUCAGCUUCAUCAUCAUCGACUGGGUGUCAGGUGGCCUAAAGACUGGAGGCAGCCACUAGGCGAUAUUUGGAGCCCCGCGAUGCACAACAAAGCCUUGGGAAACUCAACUGGCUUGGAUCCUUUUCCUACCCCUGCCCUGUGUUAGUACUGUAUCAUUCUUUCAUCCCUGGUUACAUUCUGAGCCACGGGUGCUAUUCCAGUAUGAAAUGCUCACAUUCACACUGAGCCAGAAGUGCUGCAGGCUGGACUAGACCAGAAGCCAAUCUCUUAUUUUCUCUGGGCAUUUGAUUUUCUCUCAAAGUCUGGGAUCGGCCAGGCGAACAGUAGUCUAAAUGAGCAUAUAAACUGGAAAAGUAAGCCCAUUUCAAGGAAGAGGGAGGGGAGGCUGCUAUGAUACACAGUAUAUCUUCAGUUCUAUAUGUCCAGUCCAACUGGCCCACACUGAGGGGACUCAAAAGUCAGCAGGACCAGAAGAAAAUGGAGCAACUGUGCUAAAUAACUUGGAUGUAGGGCUCUCACUUGAUGCUCACUACUGAAUGGUUGAUUUGGGCCAAGCUUUAUAUUAUAUGAAUAUUACACUGAGGCUACAGAAUGAAAAGCGAAGGCUUUUUAAAGCUUGAAGGAGUUUAAGUAAGAAAAAAACAUUAUUUCCUUUUUUUUUAAAAAAAACUUAUUGGUCACAAUCCUAGUUCCAACUACAGAUCCUUAAUCCUACUCAAAUGUCACUGGGCAGGCCUGACUUUUUUUUUCUCUCCCUUACACUGGUUCAGUUUCCUUGUCUGCCCUCUGCAAUGAAUUCCUUGCCACUUUUUAGGUAUCUGUAAAACUUAGAGUGGGUGGUAGGUUAAUGGGGACAUAUUGGGAAACUACAGCCCCUCUGAACUACCAGUUGUGAUGGGGUGAAGAUUUGCACUGGUUUCCAAGGAUCCAUUUACAUGUUCUGAAUUAUCCUGAGGUAUUUGAAGCAGAGAAGAGAUGAUGGCACUGGAAAUUGGGCAAUGUAGCUCUCUCUUCUUAUACAGAACUGAGCUUUAGUUUGGAUUGGAGAUGAUCCUAUUGUUCAUGUCUUCAAAACCUAACUUCUGUUUGUUUGCUCCACUGGGAAGCAAUAAUCACAGUUUUAAGAUUCUAUGUUAAUUGGACUCUUAUGUUAAAAAAUUUAUUCUUCCCUUGAUGCUGACAUAAAUGGACCACGCUGGCUGGGGAAUUCUGGGAGUUGCAAUCCUAAAACUUUUAGAUGACAUCAUAUAUGGGAAGGCUAGCUUUCAGGAUUCAUCCGUGAUUUAAAACAUAAAAUUAUAAGGCCUUGAACAGAAAAAUAUAUGUCAUUUGAACAAUGGAUGACAUAUAGCAAGCAGGAUUUUAUGAAGCUAAGAUGAUUUUAGAAUGUUUAAACUCUGGAAAACUUUAGUGAAAAACAUGGUAAUCAAAACUGAUAUCACAUUUCAAGAUCGGAAAAUUCAAUUUUCCUCCCUGUUAUUAAUACCUGUUUUACAUUGUAACUAGAGCCUAGUCCUUGCACCAGGGGAACAAAAAUGCAAUAGGUUCUUUCUGAGAAGAUUUGAACGACGUUCAUGAGGCUAGUUGUAGUGUAGUUACCGCAUCGGUAACUUGUGAAAAUAUUUUGAAGCUUUAUGGGUACUCUGAUGGUUCCCAGGUAUAAACAGUCAUCUCUAGUCUGAAUGUAUAUUAUAUUUAGUACUUAGCCCUAAUAUAUAAUCCUUAUUACGCAACAAGAAGCUGAUAAUGAUAUUUGCAAAAUUGUUCUACUCUCCUGUCAUAAUCCUGAAGAACAUUUUCCAUACCUUUCAACAUACAUCAGGCAAAAGUAGCUCCUCUGGUUUUAUAGGAACCAAUGAACAAUACUAAGCAAAUGAAAUGGAAUACAUUUCUUCCCUGUUGCCCUAUAGCUAUCCAUUCAAAUCAAACUCUGGUCGAGAUUUUAAAGAUGCACUUUCUACCCUGGAUUACAAAAACAUGUUUUUUGUGUUGUACAAAUCUGACCGUAUCAUGCAGAACAUUUCAGAACUUAGUAAGUAGCAGCACUUUUCCUCCCAAUAUUGAUCUAUAUUGGAUCAAGAAACUCAGCAUUCCUGCAUCGUAUUUUCAAAAUGUAAGCGCUCUCCUGUAGUGUACAAAUCCAUGGAGAAUUGUGUUUAUAUAGGUACCGCAGUGAUGGAAUAGGCAGGUGCCUUAGCUUUCCAUUCCAUGUUGGAUGUUCGGAUAUGCAGCUAAGGUUAAUCAGAUAGCUGUGUUUUGGGGAAUACAAUCUCAGACUGAAGUAAGGUGCUUGAAGGAAUGCCUGAGAUGGCAAACACUGGACCUCUUGUGUUAGAACACUUUGGCACUGAAAGGACUGUAGCUUCCUUCUGCUAUUACCUAUGCACAGCAGCACUUCAUAUAGGCCCUGUAGGGGGUACAGUACCAAAAUCCCUCACUUUCUAUGCACAUCCACUUCCUGCGCACUUUUCAGCAAUAAUGUUUCUCCCAUACCUGGAGUAACUGGAACAGGAUUGCAGGGUGAGGGAUAACUAUGUGUCACAAAACUAUGUUAGAAUGUAGCAUUCGCUCAGUUAAUGUGACACACUGAAGUAGCUUUUCAGUUCCAGCGCCACAGAACACAAAAGGCACUAGCUGAAGCUUUACUGCCCUCUGCCGUAGCUUGUGACUCUUGCAGCUUCCAAUAAUUUGCACCUUAUAAAGCUAGUGACUUUAUUGUUCUUUUAAUUUUCUCAAAGAUUGAUUCAUACACAAAAAUGUUCCAAAAUGGGAUACAUCGCAAACUGAACUUGAGGGAUAUAACUAAGCAAGUCAAAUCUUCAGAAUAAAUGAAUGUUACAUCAGGAACAAGCUAUUUUCAUUCUGAAAUCCUGGUCUAAGUCCAACUGAGGACAUGGACCACAAUUCUUCCCUGCUCCUGCCCUCGCAUUAGCACAUUUCCAAAGUCCAAUUUUUCUUGGUGAUAUUUGAAUAGUGGAGUAAUUAUUUCUACACUGAAGUUGAUGCAGCAAGACCUGCACUAAACACUAAACCUCUUUUGCAUUAUUUCCAUGUAACAAAAAAAGAAAAGAAAAAGAGCAGGUGAAUCACAUCUGUGAUCCUAAACAAAUAGAUUUCCUUCAAAUAGCUGAAACUCAUUUCCAAGAGACUGUCUACGAAUGUGGUCUGAAGAGAAGAACAAAAAAUAAUCCCCAUAUUCAUCCAGAGUCCAGAUUGUAUGUGGAGUUCUGAAUCAUUUAGUUCAAUCGCAGUCAUAUUUUACUUUUUCCUUCUAUGUUUAUCAUCUUCAACCUUCCGCCCAACCUUACAAAAAUCGUUUUUAAAAAGCCUCAUUCCUUUAUAUAUUGUAUCCUAUGAAUUUUAUGGUUGGAUUGUUGUUUAAACUAAUUUUUAAGUCAAUCAGUAAUUAUUUCUAGGGAUUAAUAACUAUAAUGCACAUAAUAAGAAACAUGUAUUUUUGUAUUGGGGUGGUGGCUGGUCAAUUUGCUUUUUAUAAAUAAUGUAUAUAAGAGUAGAUCUUUUUUAAUGUAUUUGUUGUUGCGCUCACUAACUAUGUAUAGUGUACAUAUGUUAUGUCCUCAUUAAAGAGGGUUUGGAUCCCAGAAGUCUUGUCUGAGCUACAGAGAAAAUUUACUACCAGUGUGAAACUCAGGGUAGGAGGAGCUGUUUCUAAAGCUUGGUGUCCAGUUGCAAGAACCAUGAUGAGUAAAGACUACAUCUGCAGUUACAAACAUUUGGCUUAAGUUGUUUUAUAUGAUCUGCUUCUUAAGCCCAAACAUGAUGGAAGUCAGCUUGAAUCUUCUGGCUGAUUUCUGAUAUUGAUGGAGAAUAAAAGACAAUUGAUAAUUUAGCUGUAUUGCCUUACCUAACUGCUGUCUCACAGAAGCAUUGCGUGAUGGAUGCUUCUCAAACCAGAAAAGGGGGUGGAAUGGUGAAACAUGAGAUAGUGACACAGCAUAAAUUCCACCUUAAUUAUGCUAGUUGUAAAUUGAACCAGGGAAUUGUUUUAGUGGGCUUUCAAGAUUAAUGUCGAGCCCUGUGAGGUAGGCAAACUAUGAAAACAACAGCUUGGGUUUCUCGAAAAAUCUUUAUCGUUAGUAGGAUAAAGCAAAGAACCUUGAAAAUCUGAAAAUUGCAAGGAAGGAGCAAAAGAAAUGUGGCAGCCCAAUGGCUUAAUUUCCAAGAGACUAUUCUUGUGGCAUGCUAGGUACUCCUAAAAGGUUACUAGUUACUUAUUAGUCCUUGUUGCCAAUUGACCAUUUGUUUAACCUCUUCAGGUCAUUCUCAAUGUUAGGCAAUAUUAACUGUCUUUUAUGUAUUUUAAUAUUUAUUUAUUUUCUUUAACUUAGACUCGAGCUAGAGAUAAGGUUCCAAUGUUUGUUUGCAACCAGACAAAGAUUGGUUGUUUGGGAUGUCUGCACCAAUUGAGGGCUAAAAGACCUACUGUUAUCAGCAAAGUGACUGGGUAGAAAUGGAAGAGGAAAAAUAAAAGAAAGAGGUGCAUUGACUGAUGCAAGCAAUCAUGCGGAAUCUCAAGGACUCUUUCUCCUUUCUUUUCAUUUCCAAACCCACAGAGGUUUCAGAAGGGGUAGCCUAUAUCUGCCCUUCUAGUGUGCAAACAGUAAGCAAGCUGUGCUGCCUCACUCAACGUAGGUUAAACAUCAGUAUCUCAGUCUCUGUGUGCAUUGCACAACAUGCUUAAGCAGAUAAAUUAAAGAUUUAAAGACAUAGCAUAGCUUGGUUAGCAUUAACCUUGGUUUUUGUGACUUGAGUGUUAUGCAAACCCAGCCAACUGGUUCAGUUACGGUGCAAUGUGUGCAAAACCUUGAAAACUAGUUAAUUCAAUAACCAGGUUCAGCAUGUUGUAUGAACAUGACUUACGUGUCAUAAGAUAUACAACACAGAAAUGUUCUUCUGAAGAAAAAGGACAACAUUUUACCCAAAGAAAACUGGAUGUGUCUGCUUUCCCCCAGAGAUGGCCCAGGCAUGACAUCAGUCCUACCCUCUCUCUGUAUUCCAGUUCCUUUUGUCUCUGCGUUUCAAGUUACAAAGCAAUGGGAGAACUUGUAUGAAAGAGCCUAUUUCUAGAACAGUUUUAAAUUACAUGUAGAAAUUAGAUCUAUAUUUGGAAAUGAAACAAAUCUUUUAAAACAAUAAUAAAGAAAACAUGAAACCUUUUCCUGUAUAUGGAUCUUUGUGUCUGCGAUUGAAAAUCCAAGAUUUGAGAGCCAGAUUAGGG